CUCUUUCUCAAUGCCAUCACAAAUUCCACCACUAUCAACAAACCUUCAGAGCCUUCUUCUUCACCCGCACCCCGGACUCCAUUUUGCAGCGGAGCCCCUUCUUAAAGGGCGCACACGCUGCCCCUAUUAGUGCGUGUACAACCUGAAACCUACACAUAUUUACGUACACCGGCCAUUAAUAUGAAACGUAGCAAGAUGUCCCGCUGCAGCAUGCGCAUGCGGCGCAGCGUGCAUUGGACAUUGUUUCCUCAAUGUUCUUUGAUUCUUCUCCUUCUGUUUCAUAUUAACGUUGCCUCCUCAGCUGCACCCCCACCAGACCCCACAGACACCCUCCUCAAGUUCAAGGACUCACUCAAGAUUAGUGGUAAUGCGCUGAGUAAUUGGGUGAAGACCACGCCUCCGUGCGAUGGCAGAAAGGCGAAUUGGGAUGGCGUUCUUUGUGGCGAGGGGAAGCUUUGGGGCUUGCAGCUUGAAAAGAUGGGGUUAAGCGGCCACAUUAAUGUCACAGCACUCACGCAGCUUCCAGACUUGAGAACCGUAAGCAUGAUGCAAAAUAAUUUUGAGGGUUCGUUGCCGGACUGGAGGAAACUUAGUACGUUGAAAACGUUGUAUAUGUCUGAAAAUAAAUUCUCGGGGGACAUUCCCUCAGACUUUUUCCAGGGAAUGAAGCAAUUGAAGAAGCUUCAUUUGGCGAAUAACCAGUUUACGGGUCAGAUUCCCAAGUCGUUGACAACCUUGGAUAAGCUGGUGGAGCUGACCCUUCAAGGGAACAAAUUUUCAGGCAAAAUACCAGAUUUUCCACAAGUUCGAUGGACUGUCUUUAAUGCGUCCAAAAACGACUUGGAGGGUGAGAUCCCAGACGGCUUGAGAAAGUUGAGUGCAGACUCCUUUGCUGGGAAUAAAGAUCUAUGUGGAGCUCCAUUACAUGCAUGCUCAGCUCCCUCCUCACACGUUAAUACAGAGAAGCCCACGGGUGUGAGCACCGCCCUAAUUGUGAUUAUGAUUGUGAUAGCAGUCAUAUCCAUCGGUGCGGCAAUUUUCUUCAUCAUUGUCAGACGUCGCAACAAAAGAUCCGAAUACUUAUCAUCAAAUAUAGAGGCUCCACCGGCACCAUCAGUCCAUAACAGAUCGGUAUCACCAGUUCCAAAAGAACCAGACCAGGUUAGCCAAACAUCAGAGCACUCGAGUAAAGGAACGGGAGGAGGAGGAGGAAGCAGUGGAAAGAAGGCUGAUAGCUUGAAGCUCUCGUUUGUCCGAGACGACAGGGAAAGGUUUGAUAUGCAAGACUUGCUAAAAGCCUCCGCCGAGGUGUUGGGCAGCGGCAGCUUUGGGUCUUCUUACAAGGCCGCGCUGCUGACUGGACCGGUGAUGGUUGUGAAGAGGUAUAAGCAGAUGAACAAUGUGGGAAGAGAGGAGUUCCAAGAGCAUAUGAGGAGAAUAGGGAGACUGGGACACCCUAAUUUGCUUCCACUUGUGGCUUAUUACUAUAAGAAAGAAGAGAAGCUCUUGAUUACCGACCAUGUUCCGAAUGGCAGCUUGGCUGUUCGUCUUCAUGGACACCAAAGCUUAGGUCAACCAAGCCUUGACUGGCCAACGCGUUUGAAGAUUGUCAAAGGUGUAGCUCAAGGCUUAAAAUACCUCUACAGUGAGCUGCCGAGCGUAAUCACACCCCACGGCCACCUGAAAUCCUCGAACGUUCUUCUCAGCAAAUCCUUCGAACCCCUCAUCACCGACUAUGGCCUAAUUCCUGUAGUUACCCAAGAGCAUGCUCAGACCCUAAUGGUGGCGUACAAGUCCCCUGAGUACGUUGCAACCAAGCGGAUCACAAAGAAGACCGAUGUAUGGAGCCUCGGUGUGCUCAUCUUGGAAAUCCUAACCGGGAAGUUGCCAACCAACUUUUUGCAACAUGGUAAGGGAAGCGAGGAGGAUCUGGAGAGCUGGGUGAACUCGGUGCCUAGAGAGGAGUGGUUCACGCAGGUGUUCGAUAGGGAAAUGGGGGCAAACAAGAACUGCGAGGGGGAGAUGCUGAAGCUCUUGAACAUUGGGUUGGAUUGUUGCGAAGGGGAUGUGGAGAAGAGGUGGGAUAUGAAAGAGGCUGUGGAGAGGAUUGAAGAGUUGAAAGAACAGGAAAAUGGUGGUGGUGGUAGUGGUGGCGGUCCGAAUGAGGAUCUCAUGUCUUCUUGCGCUAGUGAAGGUGACACCACGAAGAUGGUGUGAAGGUGAUGAUCAACUCUUCUGUCUCUCUUUAUUAGACUCUCCAAGAUCAAUAGGUUUUGAUUAAGUGACUGAAAACUUAAUUCUUUGUAUUGAUCUGUGACGCCCCUAAAACCCUAGGCAUGAUGAGCAGAUGACAUGCAAAUGUUUGUCUAUAAGAUUUGGCUUUAUGAAGUAAGCUAGGCUUCUGGACAAAUAUGCCUUAAGUAUGUUUUCAUAACGUAAUUGAUUAAUUCUACUAA